AUGGAACACAAAGGACAAACUUCCCCACUGGGGAACCACACUGCAUUGGUGGACUUCAUCCUGAUUGGGUUUUCUGAUCUUCCCAAGCUUCAAGGAUUACUUUUUGGUGUAUUUCUGAUACUCUAUAUAUUUAUUCUUAUGGGAAAUAGCCUCAUUAUAACAAUAACUAAGGUUGAUCCUUCCCUUUAGACCCCCAUGUAUUUCUUCCUUAGGAAUUUUUCCUUUUUGGAAAUAUGUUAUGUUUCAGUGACUCUCCCCAGAUUGUCAGCAGAUCUCUGGAGACAAUAUGGAAAUAUUUCCUUUCUGGCCUGCGCUUUUCAAAUGUAUUUCUUUCUGAUAUUGGCAGACACUGAGUGCUUUAUUCUCACUGCCAUGGCUUAUGACAGGUAUGUUGCCAUUUGCUACCCAUUACUCUACCCUGUCAUCAUGAACAACAGGCUGUGUGUUCACCUGGCACUUGUCUGCUGGACCACAGCAAUUCCAAUACACAUAGGGUCCACCUCCGUGAUCUUCACUCUACCCUUCUGUGAAAAUAACCAGAUGAAUCACUUUUUCUGUGAUGUUCCUCCAGUUGUUCAACUUGUUUGUGGGGACACCUUUGUAAUUGAAAUGUUGACUUAUGUGAUUGCUGUAUUAGUUGUCACAAUUCCCUUUUUGUUGAUACUUGUAUCUUAUGUGAAAAUAAUCUCCACCAUCCUAAAGCUGCCAUCAGCAACUGGGAGAACCAAGGCCUUCUCAACUUGUUCUUCCCAUCUCAUGGUUGUGACUUUAUUCUUUGGAUCAAGCAUCAUUGUGUAUUUGAGACCUAACUCCACUCACUCAUCAGGAAUGGACAAAUACUUUUCCCUUUUUUAUACUAUUUUUACACCUUUGUUUAACCCCAUUAUAUAUUGUCUGAGAAACAAGGAUGUAAUGAUGGCAUUGGAAAAAUUCCUGCAGAAAUGGAUUAUGGUGUGGUUCAUAACUUAUAAAAAUUCAUCAUAUACAUAA